AUGGCGGCGGAGGCUCGGAGCGAAGGGGAGGCGCCAGCCGGAUCCGCUCGGAGUGAUGCUAUCUGCAGUUUGCUCAUCUGCAAUGAUUCGUCCCUUCGGGGUCAACCCAUCAUUUUCAAUCCUGACUUUUUUGUGGAGAAGCUCCGCCAUGAGAAACCGGAGAUGUUCACGGAAUUGGUUGUCAGCAAUAUCACAAGACUCAUCGAUCUACCCGGGACAGAGUUGGCUCAGCUGAUGGGCGAAGUGGAUCUCAAAUUGCCUGGGGGCACUGGCCCAGCCUCAGGAUUCUUCCGGUCUCUGAUAACUCUCAAGCGAAAGGAAAAAGGAGUAGUAUUUGGAUCCCCAUUGACAGAGGAAGGCAUUGCUCAGAUAUGUCAGCUGAUUGAAUAUUUACACAAAAAUUUGCGAGUAGAGGGUUUGUUCAGAGUCCCAGGGAACAGUGUCCGGCAGCAGAUUUUAAGGGACGCUCUCAAUAACGGAACUGACAUUGACUUGGAAUCAGGGGAGUUUCACUCCAAUGAUGUCGCCACCUUGCUGAAGAUGUUUUUAGGAGAGUUACCUGAGCCGUUGCUGACACAUAAACAUUUCCAUGCCCACCUCAAAAUUGCUGAUCUGAUGCAGUUUGAUGAUAAAGGGAACAAGACCAACGUGCCAGAUAAGGAGCGGCAGAUCGAGGCGCUUCAGUUGCUCUUCCUCAUUCUCCCUCCACCCAAUCGUAACUUGCUUAAGUUAUUGCUUGAUCUCCUGUAUCAGACAGCAAAGAAACAAGACAAGAAUAAGAUGUCUGCAUAUAACCUUGCUCUUAUGUUUGCACCUCAUGUCCUGUGGCCAAAAAAUGCCACUGCAAAUGACCUUCAAGAGAAUAUAAUGAAGUUAAACAAUGGGAUGGCUUUUAUGAUUAAACACUCCCAAAAGCUUUUUAAGGCUCCUGUUUAUAUUCGAGAAUGUGCCAGAUCACACUAUUUGAGCUCCAGAACUCAAGCAUCAAAGGAUGAUCUUGAUCUGACACUUUCAUGUCAUGCUAAGUCCUUCCAGCUGGUAAAGUCUCGACAGAACCAGCUGGAGUCCUACUCCCAGGAGGAGACGCAGCAGCGGACAGAGGAGGCGCUGCGAGACCUGUUCCAGCAUGUCCACAACAUGCCAGAGUCCUCGAAGAAGAAGCAGCUCAUCAGACAGUUCCAUAAGCAGUCUGCAACGCAGACCCCAGGCCGGGAGCCGUCUUCUCCCCAAAUGAAGAAGAGGGUCCGUUCGCGCUCCUUCAGUGGCCUUAUUAAGAGAAAGGUCCUGGCAAAUCCAAUGAUGUCAGAAAGGAAACCCAAGUGUCCUACUCCGGAGGAAUCUGUAACUCUUGGAGAACUGAAGAAAUCCAGCAAAGAAAACAGGAAAUUGUUAUUCUCUGACUCCCCACCUGCCACAUUGACACCAACAAGAUUGAAAUGGUCUGAAGGGAAAAAAGAGGGGAAAAAAGGAUUCCUCUGAAGGACCCUGAGCUCUCCUGUGUCCACCCAGAUUUUCUCCCUCGUGUGGGCCAGGGGCCAUGACUAUCUGUGGAGAAGCUUGUACUUGCAGCUUGCCCGCUGCCUUGUGAAGUGUAGAAGCCUACUGCCCCAGUGACUCAACUGUUCCUUCUGACCCAGCUCACUGGAUGACGUGUAGGUUCUGCCUUCAGAACCAGUGCUAGCAGCUCUGUUUUGUUGUCAUUAUUUCUUUUAUUAUAGGGGGAAAACCACUAACCAGUCAGGCAGCUUUCACAGCACAGUAACUGAGCAGACCAGGUGGGCUCUAGUUUUUAAUAUUUGAACAGAUUCUGUUUUUAAAAACGG